AUGGCCUACAGUCGAAACGUUGUCCACUUCCUAGAAGCAAUGAAUUUGGUCUAUGGGCCGAUCGAGACCCUAUCAGAAGAAGCGGCUCGGUCGUGGAAGGCCCCAAACAAGCCCGGCGCCGGUGGCCAUCGGGGCCGGUACCUGUGGACGGACGCAUUUGGUCUUGUCAAUCUCAUUACCCUUUCCAAGGAGACGUCUUCCCCCAUCUACCUGACCCUGGCCAAGCAGCUCGCCAAGACAGUUCACGACGUGCUGGGCCGCACGCGGGACGGCACCGCCCGGCUGCCGCGAGCCACCGACGCGGAGCCACUCAAGGGCGGCCUCCGGAUCGGCAAGGCCUCGGCGCACGGCAGCGACUGCGACGGGCAAUACCACCACUAUCUAACACUGUGGAUGUUUGCGCUAGAUCGCCUGGCCCUGGCGACGGGCGAAGCAGAGUACAGCCGGCUCGCGGUGCAGCUCGCCAAGGCGAUCCAUCCGCAUUUCGUCAUUAAGCGGGAUGGGCAGCCGGCGACCCGCAUGGUGUGGAAGGUGUCGACCGACAUGCGAGAGGUCCUCGUCCCAUCUCAGGGCCAUCUCGAUGCGGCAACGGGGUAUGUCGUAUACCGGCUCUUGCAGCGGACAGCGGAGCAAAUGCAGGGUUUGUUGGGAGCGCUCAGCAGCGAGAUCGCAGACCAUCGGAACUUGAUGGGAACAGACACCAGCAUGCGGGCCAGCCGCGACCCGCUGGACCUCGGCAUGGGCUUGUGGAUGUGCCAUUUCUUCCGCGACGAGGAGUGGGCGGCGGAGCUGGGCAACAAGAGUCUUGAAAUGGCGAGAACCAUGCUCGACGAGAAGAAAGGGCUGAUGUCGCGGGACCAUGCACAUCGGCUGGCGUUCCGAGAAUUUGGGACAUGUUUGGGACUGGAGUGUUAUGGGGCGGAUGAGAAGCUCGGGCAGGGUGUGGAGGCUAUUGUUAACUUUUGGACGACCUACCUCGAAGAGUCGACGGACGAGGAUCUGCGCCCUAUCACCCUCGUCAUGUAUGCUGCGGCACUGAUACCUGGAGGUAAGUCAGUAUGGCAAAGCGCAGCGAAACGCAGCUUUCCAGCAAUCUUUGCGCGUGGAGGCACAUCCAAUGGCCUCGUAAUCCACGCACACGACUUGCCGCCCAGAUCUGAAUGGCACCGGGACGGGACCCUGGAUCUCGCAGGCAACUGCGGCAACAUGUCAUCCGUUGUCGGCCCGAUCAGUUUCGAUGAGGGUCUUGUCAAGACGCCGGAGCUAGGGUCCGAUUCAGAAACAGGAUUCCAAACCGCUACUGUUCGUAUCUUCAACAGAAACACGUCCAAGAUCAUUCGCUCAAGCUUCCAUGUCGCUGGCGAGCCUCCCAGCUAUUGCCCCGAAGGGGAUUACGAGAUGGAUGGCGUACCCGGCAAGUACUCCAAGAUUGUACUCAGUUUCCUCAACCCCGGUGGCGCCAGGACCGGUCGAACGUUACCCACGGGCAAUCCGGUUGACACGCUUGCCCUGCCGGACGGCACCGCGGUCGAAGCAUCUCUCGUUGAUGUGUCUAACCCGGGGGUUUUCGUUCGCAUCUCUGACCUAGGCAUCCAAAACCCUGAAUCUCUCACUCCAGCCGCAAUCGAGGUAGACGCAGCGCUCAAGGCCCGUCUCGAGACCAUCCGCCAGGCCGGCGCUGCGAUGAUGGGUCUCGAUCCCAAAACGGAGAGCGUACCCAAGAUUGUCCUCGUGUCUCCGCCGGACAGCCCGGGUGUCAACAUCAAGUGUCUAGCUCUGUCAAUGGGCCAGGCCCAUAAAGCCGUGCCCCUGACGCUUGCCCUCUGUCUAGGUGCUGCUGCCAGGCUGCCGGGGACAAUACCCCAUCAGCUCUCUACCGGCAUGCAUGGACGGGAUAGCAUUGUCAUUGCGCAUCCAAGCGGCAAGCUGGAGGUUGGCACCACCAUACAAGACGGUGAAGUUUCCUCGGCCGAGUUGCAUCGGACUGCCCGCGUGCUGAUGAAGGGCGAGGUUUUCUAUUGA